CAUCCAAGCUCUUGAUACAUUAAUAUACUUCUUAUUCACAAUUACAACGUACGACAACCUGAUCCGGCUGAAAGAUGAAAAGUUCGAUAAAAUUAUUACAAGCAAGAGGUUGUACAGUCUAAACUUUGCUACACUUAACAAACAGUGUGAGGUAAAGCAUGAUCACGUGGGCGCUGCUGGCGGUGCUGGUGGUGACGGCGUUGCUGUACUCCCGAUGGCGUCACAGCUACUGGUCCUCGAGGGGCGUGCCGACAGCACCCGGCUCCAUCCCCUUCUUUGGACACACGUUCAAGUUUCUCUCCAGGAGCAAGUACCGGUGGCUGGUUGUUGACGAGAUGUACUAUAAUCAUAGAGGCUCAUUGUUCUGUGGCUUGUAUGAGCUCUUCCGGCCAUCUCUUCUGCUUGGUGAUCCUGAUUUGCUAAAGGCUGUUCUGAUUAAGGAUUUCGACCAUUUCGCUAAUCGGCGGUCUUUUAAGUCGACUAAUCCCAAAGAUAAAAUUGUUAACGAAAUGAUAACCUCGGCCACAGGUGAACACUGGAAGGGCAUUCGGUCAGUUCUAUCUACUAGUUUCACGUCAGGGCGGAUGAAGGGCAUGUUCCCUUUAAUAGAAGCCAAGGCCCAAGGUUUGAUUGAUUACCUCUACAGACAGCUGAAAAAGGACCCAGUAGUACGCAUGAAGCACAGUUUUGGUAUGUACACGUUGGAGGUCAUAUCAUCAUGUGCCUUUGGCUUGGAGACAAAUUCAUUUGAGGGAGACGAUAGCAUCUUUGCCCAAAAAGCCUUAGAACUGUUUAUAAUUAAGCCUCUGAGGCAUAUGCAAAUAAUGUUCCUAAUUACGUUUCCCAAGCUCGCAACACUUCUAAAUAUUCAGUUAUCACAUGAAAACAUGGAAUUUUUCACUGAUGUUGUAAUUGAGACAAUGAAGCAGAGAAAGGCAGGUGCGAAGAGAGGAGACUUCUUAGACAUAAUGCUUGAGGCCAGAGAAGAUCAAGAUCAAAGUACUGACAAAAAGAAACCCAAGUAUCCUUUGAGUGACGACACCAUCAUAGCAUCUUCAGUCCUCUUCAUAAUUGCCGGGUACGACACCACAGCCAACACCCUCGGCAUUGCAUCCUUCCUCUUAGCUAAACACACCAAGGAGCAGGAACUUCUUCGAGAGGAGCUGAGGAAGCUGAUUGCAGAGCACGGGUCUCUCACAUACCAGGCGAUUAUAGAAGCCAAGUACCUGGAGGGCUGUGUAUCAGAGACCUUGAGAAUGUACCCGCCUGUUCCUAUAAAUGUAAGAAGCUGCACUAUGGAUUAUAACCUUCCAGGAACAGACCUUGUCAUCCACAAAGGACAAUCGAUAUUAAUCCCUGUCUGGAGCCUCCACCACGAUCAGAAGUACUGGCCAGACCCUGAGAAGUUCGACCCAACGCGCUUCUUUCCUGAGAAUAAGGACAGGAUUGUGAGUGGGACUUACCUUCCCUUUGGCCUCGGUCCCAGGAACUGCAUAGCCAUGCGGUUUGCUCAGAUGGAGGCAAAGCUGGCCCUGGCGAGGACCGUGCUGGAGUUCGAGCUGAGGUGCGCCCCCGGCCACGAAGAGCUGGAGAUGAGCUUCACCCCCGGGAUUAUGCGGCCGAAGGAGGACGUGUUUGUCACCCUAACGCCCGUUGCCAAAGAAUGAAAGUGGGACUACUAGGUUAAUUUUCCACUUGUCAUGUUUAAUAAUAUGAAAUGUAUUCACAGGUGUGCUAAUGCUUUGAUUGUGAUAUAGGAUCAUAUAUACUGCAAACCAGAAGUAGACUUUGUAUAGUAAUUGUAGAUACUUUGUAAACAAAACAACUUGUAUUUCACUCACCAUUGACAGAGAUGACAUUUAACUACACUGUGUUUAGAAUAGAGUAUUACAGUUAUAAUUGUUUUUCAUUCUGUUAUUUUCUUUGGUUAUUAAAAUGGCAAAACAAUAGCAAUUCACCGAAUCUUUGUGCUAAGUAUGUAUAAAUAAAGGUAUAUGGACAACA